UUUCGUUUCCUAAACAACGGCGACGCUGAUAAAUCUUGGACCUUGGAAAAUUUUUGAUAAAAAUCACACAUCUUGGUAUCCUCUUAACAUAAAAUGCCUCCAAAAAAGGGAAAGGGCAAGGGCAAAGGCAAGGGGAAGAAGCCAGAAGGAGAAAGUGGACCCGUUGAACUGCCGGAACCAACAGAGAAGGAACUGCUUUUGAAGAAGGAAUUGGAAACACUGACUGAUGAACUUGCCAGCCUCAAGAAAAAAGUUGAAGAACUCCGAGGGGAAAAUGAAUGGUUACAGCAAGAAGCACAACAAACUAGGAUUGAAAGUCACGAGUACAUGUCAUACAUGGCCAAGAAGGCUCACAAGCGCCAGUCUACUAUUGUAACUCUGAGUGAUCAAAAUCAGCAGGAAAUCAGAAACAUUCAGGAAGAAGUGGAGAAGAUGCUCAAAGAGUUUGAAGAGAAGAAACAUGAAUUACAAGAUGUUCUAAUGGCAAGAGAGGCUGAGCUAGCAAAGACAAGGAAAGAAUUGGAAGAGUUAGAUGAUUUUAAGAAAUUACAACAGGAGCAAGUGAACAAGAUCCGAGAGCUAGAGAAGGAAGUAUUGAGGAUGCGAGGGCAGCAUACAGAAACUAUUCAGAAACUCAAGACACAGUUUCUAACGGAGAAGAAACACUUUCAGGCCGAUUCAGAGUCUAGGAUCCAGAUAGUGGCUAGACAGGCAAAUAAGGAGGCCAUGCAUUGCCUGGGCGAGCACACCACCAAGAUCAAGGACGAAAACCGCAAGCUCCGCCAUGAACUCCUCAACCUGAUCCACAGGUCAAGGGCGCUGCACGGCCACAAGGAAGAACUGGAGAAGCAGCAACGAGACCUGAUACGGGAGCAGCAGUACGCAGCGGACCUCAAGAGACUCAAAGGCACCAGGCAGCACAAGGUCCUUAAGUCGUUCGGGAUGCUGGACGAUGAGGAGUCCCCGGAGAAGACGGCCUCCAGAUAGCUUUGGAGGAGGGGAUUUCCCGGACCCAAGGAACUUGAAGAACACUGCAUCAAGAAGACUUUUGAGGGACUGGAUCACAAAGACAAUCAAAGGAUAGACAGGAUUGGACACUAGCAGGGGUUGGUCCACAAGGGCCACUGAGGUUUAACUCUGAUGGCCCAGACCUUUUGAUUUUAACAGGAACCCCAUGUUCACAGAUGUUUAAUGUGGACCCCUUGUCAUGGUGGGUCCCUGUGGUUGAAUGUUGCAAAGUCUACCUUUGAAGAUGCAGACCGACUGUGAAUACAUUUUAAGUGUUUCCAUACCAUAGGAAAUUGCAAGUUUUUGGUAUAAAUAUUGGGCCAUUGCUUAUUUCCAUGGACCACGCCCUUUCUGCAAAUCAAUCCCUCUCUCUCUCUCUCUCUCUCUUCCCACAUUAUCAGAAGUUACCUGGUAAUGUUGAAUUCAGAAUUUGAAUUCCAAGUAUGGUUGUUAUAAUUUGGGCAUAGAGAAAUUGUUAAGGGUGCUUUUCAGCAGCCCUUUGUAUAGAUUGCUAAAUCAUUUUCUCUUAUCUCUCCCAUUUUUCUACUCCCCUCAUCUAUCUCUUGCAUCACUCACACUCAUUUCUAUUGUAUGUUUUUCCUCUUUUUUUUUCUCUUUUUUCCUUUUUAUAAAAUUAAAUGUUAAUCUAUAAUAGGAUUGUAAUAUAUAUAUAUGAGCCCAUGUCGUACCCUGUAUGUGCUACUUAUUAGAUAUUAAAUGCACAUGUAUCAAAUCUCAAACAGUCCACAAUUCUUUUUUAUUAUAUUCAUUAACAAAAGCAUAUGAAUCUCAAUACAUGAGGUAUUUGUUUUGCUUUGGUAUAUUGCAGACUUCACCCAAACAAAAAUGAAAUGAAGAUUGUUGAUUUCAAAGUAGUAACUUUAAUUGAGCUGUUGAUUUUCUUGUUCAGCAACAUAACAAAAGGUUAAAUAAAGAUAAUAGCUGUUUAUCUUUCAACACAAAUUAGAAAACAAUACAUGUUUACCAACUUAAAAUGGUAGAAAACACAAACAAUGAGAAGUGAAACUGUAAUACUGACAAUGUCUAGAAACAAAAUCUUGAAACAUUAAAAGAAAGGCACCAUGUUUAUACAUGUAUAAUGUAAUUCAACAUACUAGAAUCGUGUCCUAGCACGAACGAGGUAUAGGUUACGAACCAUAUGUCCUUCAAAAGAAGGGUAGGCGAGUUUGAUUGCACCCAUUGGUCUAUCGUCAAGAUAUCAGAAUGAUAAAGUUAUAAUCAUAAUAAUAUCAUCUGUUGAGAGCAAGAAGGAUGUCAACUGUUGAGUUUUAUGAGUUAGUGCCCUUCUACCUCUCAGCAUACCAUCUUGAAAACACUUGGUAUCGGGGUAGGCUUGCUGAUGAACCAUUUCAAUUUGGGUUAUUUUACGACUAUCAUGAAAUUAAAUAUGGAUGGUUUUUGUUCUGAAACAAUGCAACCUUGUGUUAGAAGUUUUUUUUUCUCUCUAUUGGAUAGCCCAAAUAACCAAUGCAAUAUAUGCAAGUCAAGCUCACCCAGGUUUAAAUGAUUGAAAUUUUAUUUAUGACACUUCUUGAAAAGAUUUUAUGGCAUGAGAGGGACUAAGAGGAUAUAUAUAUAUAUAUAUAUAUAUAUAUAUAUAUAUAUUGUUAAUGUAUUGUACAGAAUCCGUCCUAACUUGCUCUUCAAUUCUUUACACAAAUUCGUAUUUUUUUCAUGAAUUGAUGCUAUAUUAAUUUUGUUGUACAUGAACAAUAAAUGAUGUUUAUGAAUACAUCUAUAUUGAAUUAGAA